AAGGGGCUCAUAAGAAAAUUGCGAUCUAAUGAUCCCAAGACUUCACCAGAUUCCACCGUUGUGGUUUCCGAUUCUCCUUCACAGCAGCAUAGCUCGUUCCAGGUCAUCGAGUCGGACGAUUCAAGCGAGCAAGAUGAUAUCUGGUCAUCCACCCACAGCAGUAGGCUGGCAAGCCCAGAAGAUAACCUGACGGGGAAAACAUCGAUCGACUCUCGCCUCUCAAGCCCCCGCUCGGCCAAAGGGAGCCCGAGGCGUAAACUAAGCCGCCGCAGUCGCUGGACCAGAUCCAGCCCAGAAGGAGCAGCGCUGGGAACAAUUGAAGAGACGGCGAGGGACAGGCCAAAGCCAACCAUUGUUACAUUGCAGCGUCGCUCCAAUCGAUGCCAGCAAUUUGCACACCAGCAAUUCAAAGAUGGGCUUUUUGACUCCAAGAACCUAGCUGCGGGCAGCAGCGGUAUCAACUACAGCAACUUCUAUCACUCCGAGACCUGUCGCUUAAGGGACAUACGAGCUUUAAAGUCCAAAUGCACGAUUCAAGCCAAACGACAAAACGCAAGCCCCUUUGCCUCCAAGUAUGAACCUCUAAAGAUCCUAGGCAAAGGCAGUUUUGGAGUGGUCAGGCUGGUGCGCGAGAAGUCAGAUUCGCCAUAUACUUUUGCGAAGCAAGUGUAUGCCAUGAAAGUCAUACGGAAGUCGGACAUGCUUCGAAGCAGCCAGGAGGGACAUCUCCGCGCCGAGAGGGAUUUUCUCGUUUCUUGUGAAGGAUCCAACUGGGUCGUGCCGCUGGUUGCAAGCUUCGAAGAUAUGUCCAGCCUCUACCUUGUCAUGGAGUACAUGCCCGGGGGCGACUUUUUGGGUCUGUUGAUCCGGGAAAACAUCUUGCAUGAGGCUGUGGCAUGCUUCUACAUUGCUGAAAUGAUUCUGGCCGUUGAGGAAGCCCAUCGUCUUGGUUUCAUCCACCGUGAUAUUAAGCCCGACAACUUUCUUAUAUCCAGCUCCGGGCAUCUCAAAAUAUCCGACUUUGGGCUGGCAUUUGACGGUCAAUGGCCCCAUGACGCCUCGUAUUACAGUUAUCACCGAUAUUCGCUCUUGCGAAAACUGAAUGUCGACGCCAAAGGCGACGAGAGGGAUCAAGAAGACGGCAAAAGCGUUCAGGCGCGCGUCGAGAAAGCGCAGGCUCUGACGGCUGAUCUAGGACGACACGACGAGCAGAACUUUGGACAUGAUCGAGACCUUACUGCUGUUCUGGGAUGGAGAAAUAUGUACAGUAACCGCACGAGAGCCAACUCUGUCGUUGGCACAAGCCAAUACAUGGCCCCCGAGGUGAUUCAAGCACAAAACUAUCAGACCUACUACGACGGGAGAUGCGACUAGUUCCGGUUCCCUGUCAGACCUUUGGUCAGUGACAAAUGCAAGGACCUGAUUUACCGCUUGAUCCAAGACAAAGAAGUUCGUCUUUGCUCUAAACGAUACCAGAUGCUUGACCAGAGCCAGUCAGGGGCAGCGAUGCCGACGGAUAUGCAUGGCCGAUACGUGUUCCCUGACGAUGCCGAGGACAUCAAGGCGCAUCGAUUCUUCAGAAGCGUGCCGUGGGACAAUCUGCAGAACACGGCGCCACCCUUUGUCCCCCGCAUCAACAGCCUUGAAGACACUCACUAUUUCGACGAAUCGGAACCGCUUGAUGACCGAAUCGACUCGGCGACGGAAAAGCCUGGGCUGACAGACGAAGAGGUGCGGUGGAUCCUGCGAGAAUUUCGGCCGUGCGUACAGAACGUGGCGAUUCGACUCAUCAACAUACCGUACGACUCUGGCGCUCUUCGCAGCAGAGACUUGGAAAUCGACUCGAUGACUGCAUUCGCAGAGGAAGAGAAGGAGCUUUUGAAGAGAUUCAUGAGAGAAUACGGGCGAAGAAUACCCAAGCGACCGAGAGACAUUGUCCUACGUGACGAAAGCAUGAAGGGCACGGCCAUGGAGGUGAGAAAGCAAAGCGCCUUUAUGGGCUACGCAUGGCAUAGCGUGAGGAAACAAGCCUGUUGAUGAUGGCUCAGGCUGGUGGGGGUGAAGCCUAGAUCCCUUGACGGAGCACGAAACUUGGUGAAAUGGGGAGACGAAGGUGACGGAUGUUGUAGCAGCGCAUAAAAUACCCGAUUGAGAGUAUCACACAACAGGCUUAGUGGAUACAACAGAGUUAAUUGGUAUAUCUUACAACUGCCCUUUGCUUCUG